GAGCGCAGUCUUGAAAUGUGCACGAUCUACUAGUGUUCUUCUGCCCCACAUCAAUGCUUAAUUAGUUGUAGUUCACAAGUGUAAAUCAUUUGUUUGAUUUAAGUAUAUAUUUGUGUUUUGUGAAAUAGCUCAGGGACGUAAGCUAGCUGGCUAACAUUUAUAAUUUGUGGAGAACACCAAACGUGCGAUUUGUUUGUCGAGUUUAAGGAAAAGGUAGACGCUGGAAGUGCAAGCAACUAGCAAGCAAUAAACAAGCACGCGGUCAGCAGCUAGCUUGCAUCGAACGCAAUGGCGACCGAAGUCGAGACUUGGACUGGAGCUGCUCAGCACGAUGGUGUGUUUUCCUUCGAUCAGGAGCGGGGCGAGGCGGACGGCUCCCUCGGGGAUGAGCUGCUAAACGAGACGGAGGUGAACGGGAACUGGACACCACAGGAGAAGGCCCUGCACGAGGCCCGCCUCAAAGCCAAGGCCAAGCGCCGCCUGCGCAAGUCCUCCUCUCGAGACUCCACCCGGGAGUCGCUCUCAGAGUCCAUCAGUGGCGAGCUGGGAGCUGACCCCCACAGCCCCAAGGGCAAAAUCAACGCCAAUGACCGCAAGUCCAGAACUGGCAAAGGCCGGGGCCUGCCUAAAAAAGGUGGCGCUGGAGGAAAGGGGGUGUGGGGAGCUGCAGGUAUGGUCUAUGAGAUGGAGGAGCCAGACGCCAAGGACCCCAACUACGAUGAAGUUGCACAGGGAGACACCAUAUUCGCCAAAGUGGUGCCAGAGUUGAAUGAGCAGGAGCUGGAGAAGAUGGUCAACCCCAUUGUGCAGGAGUACUUUGAGCACGGAGACACCAAAGAAGUGCAGAUGUUGCUGAAGGAGCUGAAUUUAGGGCCACACAAGUAUGAGUUCUCCUCAAUGGCUGUGUCUUUGUCUCUGGAAGGCAAAGCUAGCCACAGGGAGCUCACCUCGCGCCUGCUGUCGGAUCUCUCCGGAAAGAGUCUCUCUGAUCGCGACAUGGCGCGCGCUUUUGACAGAAUGCUCAAAGAACUGCCUGACCUCAUCCUGGACACGCCUGAUGCCACACAGAUGUUGGGCCAGUUCAUAGCCAGAGCCAUCGCUGACCAUGUGCUCCCUAUGAGUUUCCUCGACCAUUACAAAGGCAAAGUGGACUGUGACCAUGCCAGAGCUGCGCUGGACAGAGCAGCUGUCCUCCUCUCCAUGAAGAAGGAAAUUGUAAGGCUAGAUAAUGUGUGGGGAGUGGGAGGUGGCCAGAGACCUGUGAAACAUCUCAUCAAAGAGAUGAACCUGUUGCUGAAGGAGUACCUGGUCUCCGGGGACCUACCUGAGGCUGAGCGCUGCCUCAGAGAUCUGGAGGUGCCCCACUUCCACCAUGAACUUGUAUAUGAGGCUGUGAUCAUGGUUCUGGAGUCCACAGGAGAUAAGGCUAUUCAGAUGAUGGUCAAACUUCUUCAGGCCUUUUGGAAAAUGGGCUUGAUCACACUGGACCAGAUGAAUCGGGGCUUCGAGAGAGUGUAUGAUGAACUCCCAGAGAUCAACCUGGAUGUACCUCAUGCCCACUCCAUCAUGGAGUCGUUGGUGGACCUCUGCUACCAAGAGUCCGUCAUUACCAAACAACUGAGAGAUGCCUGUCCCUCCAGGGGGCGUAAACGCUUUGUGAGUGAGGGUGACGGCGGGCUCGUCAAGAGCUAAACUGGGGGCGGUGUGAUCUGGCAUUCCCACCCCCUUAGCCCAUUCCCCAGGUCCCAGGCUGGGUAGGCUAGGGGUGUCGUCAGACUCCACUCUCCUGCCUUCUGUCAUCAGCAGCACCACCUCCAUCCACAGCCGCCCCACACAUCCACCCCAGCCAUGUCGGCAGCUGAAGGCCGACCUUCUCAAGGAGAGCCUGUGGAACACCUCCGUUAUCUUCUCUCCGGUGUUGUUCAUAUUUUAUUUUGUUUUGUUAAAAAAAAAAAAGAAGUUUGGUUUUGGAGAGGGCUUUGUGGGUCCUUACUGGUUUUGGUUUCUCAUUUGUAUUGUUGGGAAUGGGCUGGUGGCCCCUCCAGGCUCCCUUGUGUGGGUUGUGUGAGAUACAGGCCUCUGGCUUGGUUUAGCUGGGGAGAGGAUGAUUGAGGACAGGGUGGGGAUGACUCUGGGCCCUGGUGUCAGGGUUUGAAGGGUUAAGGGUGUUUUUCUUUUUGUUUUGUUUUGUUUUUUUUUUUUUUUUCGUUUUAUUUUCUUGGCUUCUGUUUGCUUUGCUACAGUGAUGUCCUCUAUGUUUUGUUCUGUUCUUUGCUUUGCAUGUAUAACGCAAAAAAGCACUUAAACAUAUUUUGAAAAAAAAAAAAAAAAAAUGAAUGAAUGGAAGAAAUGCACCUGGACAUUAAAAAUGUACUUUGUUCCUGAGAACCCAAUCUCUGGGCCAUGGUUUAACACCUUUGGGUGUUAUAUUCACUUAUAUAGGGAUCAGCUCUUCCUCUUUGAUUUAAUUACUGCUGUCAGUAGAAGGCCUUAAGGCCCAGUCCAAAAUAAGAUGUCAAACUGUGAAAUAGUAUUUUUUAUUACUGAAGAUCACAUACCAGAUCCAAACCAAAUCUGUUUUUGUAAACUGUAUGUCAGUUCACUUGGUCUGAAGCCCUCACCAUUUUCAUCUUUUCUAAAUGAAUGCUGGAUUUUCGUCCUAUGAGAACGCUAUGAACAAAGAAGUAAUUUCACAUACUAUCCUUAUUUACAGUCCUAAUUAAUUUAAAUCUGACAUACCAAUUGUAGGUUCAAAAAAUAUGUAACAUUUUAAAAACACAUUCUGAGCAGGCACCCCCUUCCCCUCCCACACACACACACACACACAAACACACACCACCCCCCAAAUGGAGAAGCAGUCUGUGUGAAUUGAGCGGCAUGUAGAGGCUCUCCAGUGCACGAGUCCUUGAUGAUGCAAAGGGGCUGGGGGGUGGUGGAUUUUUAAUGGUUAAUAAUUUGCAUCAACCACCAUGCUUGUUUACAAAAUGCAAAUGUUUCCCGAGUGUGUGUGUCUCCUGUAGCAAUAAACAGCCUGUAGUAAGCUUUUAGGAUUGGUCAUGUCCCUGGGGGUUUGGGGAAAGCAAAGUAGUGUAGGCAAUGCACGUCAAACUCAACAGGUAGUCACCAUCACUGAGGCAUGGGCUGCAUUCCACAGCCCUUCCCCAUCGUUUAAGACCUUUCCUUCUAAGAAUGUUUGUCUUUCAGUGAGUUCUUUUCUGCCUGUUUAAAGAGGGCUGAUCUCGUGUGUGUGUGUGUGUGUGUGUAUGUGUGUAUGUGUGUGUGCAUGCGCACGCACGCGUUUCAUAGACAUUCAUAUACUUGGGCUAAAAUGAUUAAGUUUAAUGGCACUGACUGGCUUCAAAAUCAAUGAGGAACAAGCUGUGGUCUGUCCCACCCACCAGAAGAAAAUAUAUAUAUAUUGGUACAGGUGUGUAGUUUAAAUAUCUUUUCAUUCUCCACUGUGGGAUUUUAAAGUUAUCAAACAACAUAUUCUGAAUAAGUGAACUGAUAAUAGAAAUCACUGUACUGUUUCCAGUAUGUCUGUUAAAGUUCAAUCCAUCUACUAGAUGCAUUUGUGGUGUCAAGCUCUUUUGGCAUGUGAUGUCAAUAAGUCAUAACCAAAAAACCUUGCCUGUUUUGUACAUAAGCCCCAUCUUUGUAUUACUUUGUUCAUGGGACACUUUUUUUUUUUUUUUUUUUUUUUGAAGCAGAAGCAUUAUUUUUGAAUAGCUCAUACUGUUACAGAAUCCCAGCAUUACCAAUACAGUAAUUCUAUACUGUAAUUGUUUCAAUAAAAGUUCAUUGCUCUUGAA